AUGCUUGAAGCAAUUUUUCAGGUGCUCAGCUUGUGCCAUUUUGAUGAUCAAGUCGUCGACCCGUGCAUCCUUCCAACCUCGAUGCCAUCAUCGAUAUCCAACAUCUGGAACCAAUACAAUCUAUGGAGCGCGAUUGCGACAUUAUUCGUCUACGCCUACACCUACAUAAGCGUGUAUUGUUGCACGUUCAAAACGAAAAGCGAGAAGAACCUGCGAAUCCAGAAGGCGAUUCUCAACACCGUCAUCUACGGCGCGAUGAUAUUCGCCGUGUCGAGCGUCCUCUCGGCGGGCCUCAUCGCCAUCACAAGCGCCGUCGACAACUCGUCGCUCGACGCCGACACGGUGUCGACGUACGCGGUGAUACCGGGCCUCAUCUCGUACUCGUGCAAUUUCUAUGUCUAUUAUUGGAGGAGCAAUGAUUAUCGCAACGCGUUCAUCCGCCAAUUGUGCUGCGGCAAAGUGCUCGCCGCUCAGGAGAGCAUCGUCAUCUCGGUCGCCACCAACUCGAACGCAUCCCGUAAGAGAUUCCUAUUUUCGCUCUGUUUCGAUUGA